AUGUCACUGACUGGUAAACCCCCUCCUGAGAUCAGAAUUGAAGGAGAGAAUUGCCCUCGUGCGGUGGUGGAAUGGUACCAAUGUUCAGCGUCAAAGGAUCAAAGACACGAUUUUGACCUGAGCUUGAAGGCGAAGAAACACCUCGUUUCGUUGGGUUGGAUCUUUUCUUAUUGCGACAAGAAAACUCGCUGGGAACUUCGUUACAAAUCCCCUUCUGGUAAGACCUACAUUUCUCUCAGAACUGCAUGCAAAGCCUGCAUUGAAGAGAAUAACAAAGAUUCUUCAUCUACUUCCAAUGGAUCACACCAAUCUCUACCUGUUGCAUCACCGUCUUCUGCUCAACAACCUACGAGUUCCAAGGUAACCGGUGGUAGGCCUCGGAGACGCAAGAAACCGAGUGACGAUGAAGAUUGGACUCCUACGUCUCAUCAAUUAUCCAAUUUAGUAAGUCCUCGUGGCGGUGGCGGUCGUCGUCGUGAUUCUGGUGAAAGUCCUAAUGCUGCAAGAAAAGUAACGAGGGAACGGAGUUCUUCUGAUAAUCCUAAUUUGCCGGCGUUUCGGAAUCCAAGAACGAUUCUUUCUUGGCUGAUUGACAACAAUGUGGUGGCGCAAGAGGCGUGGGUUUUCUGCUGUGGAGGGAAAGAUAAUGAAUUGGUGAAGAGAGGGAAGCUGUUUCGUUCUGGUAUUGGCUGCCAUUGUUGUGAUUCUUUGCUUACACUCUCUCAAUUCGAGGUUCAUGCCGGUUGCAAAGGUCAACCUCCCUCUGCUAGUAUCUUCUUGGAACAUGAUACAAGGUCUUUGUUGGAUUGUCAGUACCAAGCAUUGAUGAUGAUCAAGGCUAACAACAAUGGGGAUAAUGAUCAUCAUCAUGAAAAUGAUUCCAUUUGUUCAAUUUGUCUCAAGGGGGGUUUCAUUCUUCUCUGUGAUCGCUGUCCGGCGUCAUUCCACGCUGAAUGUAUUGGCCUUGAUCAUGUUCCCCCUGGUGAUUGGUUCUGCCCUUCAUGUUCUUGCAGAAUUUGCAACCGUCCCAAAUGCAGAGAAGAUUCUUCUAGACAGGAAAGUCAUUUGGCUAACAAUUUUAUAGCUUGUUAUCAGUGUCACCGCAGAUUCCACAUUGGAUGUUUAGCAGCUUCUAGAGACUUUGCUUUUCUGGAAAUGGAAACCGAUUGUAAUGAGCUUUGGUUUUGCAAUAAAGCUUGUGAGAAGAUAUUUUUGACACUGAAUAGCAUGUUGGGAAAACCAAUUCUUGUGGGUGAUGGUAAUCUAACUUGGACACUGUUGACGAGCCUCAAGAAUAGCAAUAAUGACAAUGAUGACGAUGGAUACAUUACUGAAAUGGAGAGCAAGCUAAAUGUCGCACUUGGAGUAAUUCAUGAGUGUUUUGAGCCCAUCAUAGAUCCUGUGUUUGGAAGAGACAUUGCUGCAGAUAUUAUGUUCAGCAGAUAUUCAUGGCUGCCACGUAUGAACUUUACAGGGUUCUACACUGUGAUUCUAGAGAGGAAUGAUGAGGUGAUCUCUGUUGCAAACACAAGGAUUUAUGGCCAAAAGGUUGCAGAAGUGCCGCUUGUCGCCACGAGGAACCAGUAUCGAAAUCAGGGAAUGUGUCGAAUUCUGAUGGAUCAGCUUGAGAAGCUGUUGGUUAAGUUGGGUGUUGAGAAGUUGCUAUUGCCUGCUGCUCCUAAUUUAAUAAAAUUUUGGACAAACUCAUUUGGAUUUGCAAAAAUGACACACUCAGAUCAGUAUUACUAUGUAGGUUAUCCUCUUGCAAAUUUUCCGGACACAACAUUGUGCCACAAAUCAUUGAAGCAACCUUUGAUGCUGUGUUGA